CGCUGCGGGCGGGAAUGGAUCGGCCGCGGCCUGCGCGGCUGUCGCAUGCGAGAUUUUCGAAGAACCAUGCAGGCAGAACAUAUUCCCUGAAAGAUAAAGCUGGCUGGAAGCACAAGCCUCUGGAUGUAUUUGAUUUUCCUGAUCAUUCUCAGCUCUCAAGCCUCAGCAGGCUGGGUGAAAAUGAGAAAGAUGAAGAAUCCUAUGAAACCUUUGACCCUCCUCUACACAGCACGGCUAUAUAUGCUGAUGAGGAAGAAUUCUCCAAGCACUGCGGGUCACAUCUCCCCUCAACUCCUCAAGAAAAAGAAGCGAAGAGAAGUUCGGACACUUCUGAAAUUGAAGCAAGUGAAAAUGAGUCUGUAAAGAUUAGUGCCAAAAAGCCAAGAAGAAAACUGAAGCCCAUCAGUGAUGAAUCUGAAAGCCCUGAAGAAAGUGACGUGAGGAGAAAAGUUAAACCCACAGAGAACAUAAGCUCAUGGCAGGGAGCUGUUUCAGCACUUCCAGAGCUUUCGGAGAAAGCAGCUGAAGCGGUCACUCCUCAGAAGACAGGACCCCAGAGUGCCGAGUCCUCUGCUGAGAAAGUGACGCUGGCCACAGGACGUCAGCGGAAAACUCAAAAAAAUAAGAUGUUUCCUGGCAAAAGGAAGAAACCAAGAAGUUACGCCACAGACUCAGAUACUUCGGACUGUGCACCUAUUUGGUGUUUAAAAGAAAAGAAAGCCAGUGACAUCACGGAAUUAGAUGUGUUUUUGUCUGCAUUUGAGAACUUUCUUCUAGAGUAUGAACAAAAAAUAGACUCUCGCGUUUGUAAGGCAGCCAUCAACAAAUUUCAUUCUAAUUUGAAAGAAGAACUCAUCAAAAUGCUUCAGGAAGUCCAGAUGUUGAAGACUCUGAAAAGGAAGAAUGCUAAGAUGAUCUCCGAUAUUGAAAAGAAAAGGCAGCAUUUGAUUGAAGUCCAGGAUGAAUUGCUUCAGGUAGAACCAGAGCUGAAACAACUACAAAUAAAGUCUGAGGAACUUCAGGAGAGAAAAGCUUCCCUUAGGAAGGCAGCGUAUUUCCUGUCUAAUCUCAAACAGCUUCAUCAAGAUUACUCAAAAGUUCAAGAGGAAGAAACACAUGUAAAGGAAACAUAUGAUUCAUCCAGCCUUCCAGCUUUGCUGUUCAAAGCAAGACCCCUUUUAAGAGCCGAAAAUCAUCUGCAAAAUAUCAACUAUCAAUUAGAGAAUCUCCUUGACCAGAAAUGAGAGCAGUCUACUAAGGUAUCAUCAAUGCCAUUUUCCCAGUCAGCAUCGGAAAAUGCCCCUUUUGACGACACAGAAGAUGAUGGUUCAUGAGGACUCCUGGUUUCAGUGUUUGCUGUCGUAUCUGUUGUAAACUCCUCUUCCUGUAGUUCCAAAGAGGAGGGAGAACAGAAGGGAGAAAAUACCGAUUAUUCAAACAGAAUGUGUGAUAAUUUCACCAUACAGUUGAUCUAUACUGAAAUAAGGUAUUCAGUUCAACAGAUACUAAACACUGGACGGUACUGUCUCCAGUGCAGCCAUCAUGGGCUCAUCGUUGCUGCCUUUGUGGGACACUCACAAAACUCCACAUUGGAAAUGCCUGCUGCUCCUGUGGCCCAUUCUUCCCCGUGUACACAGAUGGGCUCCACAAAGGCAGCUGAUAAAGUGGACAGUCUGUAGUCUAGCUGAAGGCAAACUGGUGUCUGCCAUCUUAACAGACUAACUUCUCUAAUUUCUUGAUAGUUUUAAAGUUAACAUGGAUUGAAAAAAGUUUUGAGAUAACUGUCAAAGCAUGACUGGAUUUUGAGUAUUAAACAGUAUUG